UAGUGCAGAGAAGGACCCCUCCCGUUAUUUUGAGGACCGGACUGGUGCGACUAUACUACUGCCGGAUGCCAAAUCCGGGAUCUCGGCUCCGAGAGGCUCAUCUGGCAAAAGGGCGCGGAAACCACGGGGGCCCUGAGACUGAGUGGGCUAUCCCACUUCUCUCUGGGUGGCGGGGCUGUAGCUAGCGACUGACAGGCGCAGCGAAAGGCAGCCCUCUGCUAAGGGUCCCAGCACCAUGGAGGACCCGAACUCUGAAGAGAACAUGAAGCAGCAGGAUUCACCCAAGGAGAGAAGUCCCCAGAGCCCAGGAGGCAACAUCUGCCACCUGGGGGCCCCGAAGUGCACCCGCUGCCUCAUCACCUUCGCAGAUGCCAAGUUCCAGGAGCGUCACAUGAAGCGGGAGCACCCAGCGGACUUCGUGGCCCAGAAGCUGCAGGGGGUCCUCUUCAUCUGCUUCACCUGCGCCCGCUCCUUCCCCUCCUCCAAAGCCUUAAUCACCCACCAGCGCAGCCACGGUCCAGCCGCCAAGCCCACCCCACUGGUUGCAACCACUACUGCCCAGCCCACCUUCCCUUGUCCUGACUGUGGCAAGACCUUUGGGCAGGCUGCUUCUCUGAGGCGGCACCGCCAGAUGCAUGAGGCCCGUGCCCCUCCUGGCACCUUCGCCUGUACAGAGUGCGGUCAGGACUUUGCUCAGGAAGCAGGGCUGCAUCAACACUACAUUCGGCAUGCCCGAGGGGAGCUCUGAGUGCAGCUUAAGCGUCUCCGUGGUGACAGGUGGCUCUGUGGCCAGUAGGACUCACCCAUGAUACGGGGUGCAGGAAUUCCGGGGGCCCUGAGGGAUUUGCUUCCCUCCCCUGGGAAGGCAGAGGGCUCCUAAUAAAGAGGACCCAGAAGAUUCUCAUUUAGAGCUUCAGUCUUUGGAGGACACAGGGCCUUCGUGAGACAGUGAAAUCAGACAAUAACGAGAUCUUUCGUUAAAAAAAAAAAUGGGAAUGGAGUGCGGGAGAGAAAUGAUUUGUGUAUCCCUUAUUCCCAGUUAAACACCUAGCUGCAGACUGUGUCAUCACCCUUCAUUCUUCCCAGAUGGAUGCCAUGGGCAAUGGAAGCAAAAUGCCCUGGACCUUUGCCUGAAUGGGGGCAGGGAAGGUGAGGUGUUGCUGGCCUGUAAUGCCACCGGAUGAGUUCCAGAUGUGGAGCAACUUGGGCUUUUGGGGAUGGGGCAGCACAGUUGGGAGCUGGACCCCAAUUGAGUGGGGGUGGCAAUUGGAGUCCUUGUGUCUCUUUCCUACCCCCUGCCAACCUCACUCAGAGGGGCCAUGGCACUAGAUGGCACUAGUCCCCCGAUAAUUUAUGUCUCAUUUAAAUAAUUUUGUAUAUCAUUCUGGUCAUGAAAUAUUUUUUCAUAUGUGUAGGUGAAAUGGUAUGAAUAAGCUAACAGGAAUAGUAUCUAAAAACAGCAAACAUCCAUAUUAAAAUGUCUAAACAGGGA